AUUCCUUUCUUGAGGAUGCCUCUUAACCGAGGGCUACUACUACUUAAAACCCACGGCCACAACAUCGUCACCCGCUUCUCCGUCGCGACAGCCUCGUCUGGUGGGGUUGCGCGAACUCCCGAGUUCAAAGUGUCGCGGUCUCGCUGGACACGACGAGCCCUUCAACGACAUCUCCCUCGGUUUUCGAGUGGUGGUGGUCGUCGUCCUCCUCCUCCUCCUCCUCGUUCAUUUCCUGGAUGUACUAAAGGAAUGACAGUGGCUGAAGAUGUCCAUUUAAACAACGGUUCUAAAAUGGUUUCUCAGGCAACUCCAGAAAGUCGUCUGACAGGUGGAGAAGCUGAUAACAGUCCGCACAAUCAAAGUAACGAGCUCCUCUGUCAGGAAUUACCGGAAAGGCAUGUGAUAUUGGAGUUUGAUGGCACCAGAUCUAAGCCUUAUUUUAGUGAUCAUCGCGGGGGAGAAAAUAGUGCAUUUGGUGCGAGAGCUGCAGAAGAUGAUUUGAAUUCUGAUGUGGAGGCGGGAAAAAAGCAGAAAGAAAUGACCUUAGAGGAUAUGUACAGGAAUGAUGGUGCUUUAGACGAUGACGACGAGGAUGACAGUGAUUGGGAACCCUUGAAAAAGCAAGUGGAAAUGGUGAGGUGGUUUUGCACCAACUGUACGAUGCUCAACGUCGAAGAUGUCUUUAACUGCGAUAUAUGUGGGGAACAUAGAGAUUCAGGUAUCUUGAGACAUGGCUUUUAUGCAUCUCCAUUCACGCAAGAUAUGGGUGCUCCUAGCAUUGAAGCAGAAGUACAGGAAUUAUGUGAAGAUCAUGCCAGAAGUUCUGCCCCAAGCAGUUCAACUGUUGUGGGUUUUGAUGAGAGGAUGUUGCUACACUCAGAGGUUGAGAUGAAGUCACAUCCUCACCCUGAAAGGGCAGACCGUCUUCGAGCCAUUGCUGCUAGCCUUGCUACUGCUGGCAUAUUUCCUGGAAGAUGCCGUUCGCUUCCCGUGAGAGAAAUUACAAAAGAAGAGCUGCAGAUGGUCCAUUCUUCAGAACAUAUUGAUGCUGUUGAACUGACAAGCCAUAUGUUUUCUAGCUACUUUACUCCUGACACAUAUGCGAAUGAACAUUCAGCGCGUGCUGCUAGGAUUGCAGCUGGUUUGUGUGCUGAUCUCGCCUCAACAAUUAUUUCUGGACGUUCGAAGAAUGGUUUUGCUCUGGUUCGUCCUCCUGGUCAUCAUGCUGGUAUCAAACAUGCCAUGGGGUUCUGCCUCCACAAUAAUGCAGCGGUUGCUGCACUAGCAGCACAAGCUGCCGGGGCAAAGAAAGUGCUUAUAGUUGACUGGGAUGUUCACCAUGGAAAUGGCACACAAGAGAUUUUUGACGGAAAUAAAUCGGUCUUAUACAUAUCCCUACAUCGACAUGAAGGAGGAAACUUUUAUCCCGGUACAGGUGCUGCCCAUGAGGUUGGUACCAUGGGUGCUGAAGGAUACUGUGUGAAUAUUCCAUGGAGCCGUCGAGGAGUUGGUGAUAAUGAUUAUGUUUUUGCAUUUCAUCAUAUAGUGCUUCCUAUAGCUUCUGCAUUUGCUCCUGAUUUCACCAUCAUAUCAGCUGGAUUUGAUGCUGCGAGGGGUGAUCCCCUAGGGUGCUGUGAUGUUACUCCAGCUGGCUAUGCACAGAUGACACACAUGUUGAGUGCUCUUUCUGGUGGGAAGUUGCUUGUCAUUCUAGAGGGAGGUUACAACCUUCGUUCGAUCUCCUCUUCUGCUGUGGCGGUUAUUAAGGUGUUACUGGGUGAAUAUCCUAUAUCUGAAUUUGCGGACGUGGUGCCCUCGAAAGCUGGCUUGCGUACUGUUUUGGAAGUCCUGAAGAUUCAAAUGAGCUACUGGCCUAGUCUUGAAUCCAUUUUUUGGGAAUUGCAGUCACAAUGGGGAAUGUUUCUUGUUGAAAACAGAAGUAAUGAGAAAACAGAUCAGAAAGAGACGACGGGUGUUGGCGCCAAUAUGGUGGAAAUGGGGUCGGAAAAGUGUGUUGUAUCAUCUCCUAAACGGUCAUCUUCAUGUGAAAACGAAGCGGUGAAUGUCUAGCCUCUGGUCUGUGUACUCUUCCUUUGUGCAACUUUUGUAUACCAUCAGCUGGCAGUCCUCUUUUAUCCGUGGAAGAGACUCUCGUGGUGAUUUUGACAACCAUCACAUUGUAAAUCUAGGUUAACCUUUGUUAGAGUAGAGCUCCUUCUGAUCAAGCAUUUAAGAGAGAGGAAUGGUCAACGGCCUUCGUUUUAUGUUCAAAUGCUCAAAUGUUGAUGAUUUCAACUUUUUGGGGAGCUUGCUUUUUGCAUGAAGCUCAGAUUGGAUCGAGAAUCA